CCAGAGCACACGUCUCAUUCAUUCCACUGCUCAAAACCUCAAAGCCACCGCUCCUCCCUCCGCGCGCGGCCGCGCCUCCUUGCUCCCUCGGCAGAGGCUAGAGAAAUUUGAUCGAUGGCGGCCCGGUACGUGGAGAUGCUGGACAUGGGCGUGCGCAUCGCCGCCAGGUUCCACUCCCACUGCCCGCAGACGGCGCGCAUGUACUACAAGCCGCCGCAGUCCGCCUCCUCUUCCUCCUCGUCCGCCGCGGGCGCCUCCACGGAUCGGAAGGCCGCCGGCUUCGACCAUGAGGCGGCGGCCGCCGCUGCCGUCCGGCCCUUCGCCGCGACGCCAACAGCAGGGUUUGGCGCCGGCGUGCAGCCCGGCCGGUUCGGCUUCGACACCGCGCCGGUCGUCAUCUACGAGGUCGUAUGAGCAACCAUGACGCGCGGCGACGAGUUAGUUAGUUCUUCAGUAGAUAUAUCUUGGAUUGGAUGAGGAUCUCCUUUUGGCGGCCGAGGAAGAAUUGAUCGAUUGUAGAAUCUAGAGUACCACCUGUGUAUAACCCCAUUCUUUGAUUCAGUUUUGUCCGCGUGGGAAUUCAUCAAAGAAACAUAAUCAUCUUCCUUGCACCUGUCAUGAAUCCUAUCUGUCUGUUUGAUUAUUAAACCUGUCACCACCGAGCAUCGAAAGUCCUGUUCGAUCGAGGAACGGCGAAGUCAGCGAAACUGCCAAGGAUCGACCAACUGCACAACAAGAUAUACGAAGCUCGACGAACUGGACGAGGUUGCGUGGGUUGGGUACGUGGAUGAGUCAUCUCCAGCACCGACUGACCUAAUCAUGCGCGCGGCGCGGCUGGCGGAUUAUUCAGGACGUCACAAGGUUUAAAUCAUGGAGCGUUCGGUUUAGUACCUAGGCUGGUGAGGGACCUUCAGCAGCCGUUGGAUACCGCUAACCACAUGCAUGGAAUCGUCAUAGUGACAACGAAUCUGGACGAAGCUGCUGGUCCGGCGUAUAUGUUUGAUUAUUUCAGGC